AUGGAGAACAGUCUACAAUUAACGGACUUGGCUGACGAUUUCAAUCAGGUAUCAGAGCAGGACCCGUAUUCCACCCCGAGACCACCCAUCGACCAGUCACGAAGCCUCCCGGAAGCCCUCCACAAAGCUGAGAUCGAGGCCUACAAAGACAUUCGAGGAUAUCUUUCGAAUUGGCAGGCGAAUAAUCCAAACCACUUGGAUCCUAUACUGGAGCCGAACCAUGGGGAGGAUGUUGGUCCGAUGAUGGGCUCCAUGCCUAACGGUCGAGAUAAUUAUGGCGAUUCCGUGUGGAAUGAUCCGGGCCUCUCGAAAGAGGAUGACAUAGAUACUUCGGAGGAGUUUCAUGGCGAUCACCUUGAGCCUGGUGAUAUGGUGGCUGAGUUACUGGGGGAUGGGACCUUUAAAUGGGCAAUCUAUGUGCGGUCCGUUCAGAGACAAGCGCAGUUCUACGUAAACCGCGGGAAUUGGCGUCUCUGCAAAACUCGCGAAUUGGACUAUGUGAUCAAGAACUUUGCUCCUGUCGAGCUACUGGAACCGAUCAAGCCUUAUUUCCCUACAACCACGCCCAUGAUCAAUCACGAGAUCCAGUUCGUACCAGAGGGGGGCGUUCCACGGCCACUGGGUGCUCCUCUCCUGGAUAUGAUGAACAAUUUUCAAGGUCAUAUUCUGGACUUUUACCGGGCUCACUCAGCGAAGCUGGAUAAUCUGCAUGAGCUGGUCGCCGAUGAUACCGAAUUCCGUCGCUUGAGCAUUGAAGAAUUGACUAUGAAAGUCCUGGGUAUCGAAGAGUCCGAACUGAACAGUGUCAACCUUUUCGCUGUUCACCAGGCUACUCGAAACCACCCGUUCCUGAUUGAGAAGGACUCUACCUCACUGUUUAGUUUCACGUACCUUGUGCAACCGAAACGGAUUGCCAAAGUGGUUGAUCAAGUCACCACUUGGGCUCAUGAGCACCAGGAAUAUCUUACUCGUUUCGCUAUGGGCAAGAGCCACCAGGCCUUUCUAGAUCAUAAAGCUACAACCUCCACGGGAAUGACGAUGGACAAAUUCCCACAGCAUCCAAUCCAGCGAUUUACUCAAAAGGCACAGCGCCUGAUUCGCCUCAGCCGAAAGGUGCGGUCACCUACAAUCAUGUCCAGUGUGGGUCCAUCAUUGCAACAGUUUGUACCUGGUCAAGAUAGCAAAGCAAUGUCUUACCGCGAGGUUUUGACCGAACAAUUUGAUCAGAAUGACCAGAUGAUCAUCGAAUAUCUCCAAUUGUAUGCGACUCCAUCAGUGAUCAUGCCAUCGGGUACUUUGAAGUCGACGGCCUCGCAUAUCAUGCGGGUAACGGGCAUGUACAACACCCUCGGCCUCAGCGAGUCUUCCACUCGUAUGUUCCUACAGGAGCUGGGUGUCAUCUCCCCGUGGGAGAAUUUGAGUCUGCUGGAUCAGAACUUGACGUUACCAGGACAUGGGGUGUCUCUCCUCGAAGACAUGCGCUGGGAGGAAAUUGAAGAAUCUUGGAAGAAAGUCGAUUCAUUAGUCGAUUCUAUGCAACACCUCCGAAAAGACUGGGGAGAUUUGCCGGUUUACUGUAUUGACGAUGUCACUGCACAGGAAAUCGACGAUGCAGUUUCUCUGGAGCGCAUUCCUGGAUCAAACGACGAAUUCUGGGUGCAUAUUCAUGUCGCUAAUCCAACGGCUUUCUUGGAGUAUAAUGAUCCUACCAUCGAGUACGCUGCCUCGCGAUUGGCGACACUGUAUGCUCCUGAGCGUACAUACCCUAUUUUCCCGGAAGCUCUUACCCAGGGGCACUUCAGUCUUGCACCGGGCCGACCGACCUUAACAUUUAGUGCGAAGAUGAAUCUUGAUGGAGAGGUCCUAGACAUCGAGGUGGCAAACGGAAUUGUGCACAAUGUCAUCAGUGUCACGCAUAGCACCUUGCGGAAAUACCUCAAUCCCGACGCCCAUGAGUCUCAAGAAAAUCUCACUGUUGGCAAUUUCGUCGAUAUGCCGUUGCCCAAAGGCAAGAAAUUCCGCGAGACACUCACAGCCGAAGAUAAAGACACAUUUACCAUUCUGCGCAAAUUGAUGCUCGGCUUCCGCACCCAGCGUCAGAAGAACGGUGCCAUGGACAUGCAAUCUAUGCGCCCUAACAUGUCUCUCACCAUCCAAGCAGGCACAGCCCCACUCAAGCCCUACGAGAUGCAAGUCACAGAAGGAAGAUACUACAUUGGCGACCCAGCCAUCCGAAUGCGCAUGCAGGAUUUCAACCCACACGAGGUCCGUGACGAGUCAAAGAACUACCUCGUCUCAAUGCUGAUGAACCUGGCUGGCCAUAUUGCCGGCCAAUUCUGCGCUACUCGCAAUAUUCCUGCUGUCUACGACGGUACCUGGUAUGACCCGGAGAACGGACGCGUCACCCCAGAGAAUAUGAAGCAGUUUGGUGGCCAGAAGUUCUUGGAUCUGGCUAUGCCAAAGGCAUUCUCUUCUUCUGAGCCCGUGCAUCAUCAUAUGCUUGGGCUGGAUGCGUAUGUCAAGAGCACAAGUCCGUUGCGCCGAUUCACGGACGUGAUUGCUCAUUAUCAGAUUGAGGCUGCAUUACGAUUUGAAGCCGAACAUGGUCGGCUAUUUGACGGUAUCGCUGAUAUGCCUGACCCUGAGAUUGAAGAGCAGGCUCAGAAUGAGGAUCAGGCUUCGUCCGCCGAAGCUGAAGUUGAAGUUGAAACUGAAACAACGCAGAAAUCUGAACCUGAACCCGAACCCGAACUUGAAUCUUCACUCCAACCUCUGCCAUACACAAAAUCCGAUCUAGACUCCCACAUCCUCCACUCAAUCCCGACCCGCACCCGCCUCCGCGAGGUCUCUGCAUACUCGUCCCAACACUGGGCCUGCAUGCUCCUCUUCCGCGCGUUCUACUUCGGAGGGUGUGAGCUACCAGCUACAUUCCCCGUCGUGCUACGCAUGCGGCGCGUUCUUCCCGAGCGUGAUGGAACAGUGUAUUCUGGCAUUAUUGCUAAUCUGGGUGUUACCUGCUCUAUCACUCUUCCGGAUGAUUGUGCCGGUCGGGAGCGGAUGGAUAUCUUUGGCAUUGUGGAUGCGAAGAUUGUUGCUGUUGAUAUGGCUAGGUUGGAGGUUCGCAUGGAGGCUUUGAGCCUGAUCAGGGAGUAUGAGAGAGUUGGGGAGUGGGCUUAG